CCCACGCGGAGAGCGGGAAGUAGGGGGUGGGGGACCCGGGGAGAUGGACAGGCACCCUGCCCCCUCCCCGACCGCCGCAUUCCAGGCUGGAGACGCGGAUGAGGUCAUCCCGUCCGGUUCCCCUCUGGCCAAGACAGCUGGCCGUCCCCUUCCCCCGCGGAGCGACCCUCCGCGUCCUGAGCCCCAGGCUCCCGCGUCCCCCCAGGGAACGUUGGGUGGUCGAAGUCUUUCCCGGAUUUCCAAUCCCGGUCGCCCUCCAGAUUGUUCUGCCUUUGCCCCAGCCGUGCCAGACCCGCAGGAUUCGAAGCCCCUUUCCUAAACCGGGAAACUGAGGCUUAGAGAGGAGAGAGGACUGGCCGGGAGGCCGCAGCGACACGAAACGUGGCGCGGGAACCCGAGACGCAGCUCGCAGCCGCUCCUCCUCGCCUGGUCCACGGCUGGUUUGGCUCUAACUCGGGGCGGUGGGCACGAAGCGCGUCUCCUUUCCACUUUUCCCGUCGCUCCCCAAUGGCCCACGGUGCCCCCCUUGGAAUACGGAGGACCGGGUCCCCUAGCGCGACUGAGAACAACUAGCUACCCCGUUCUGGCCUGUUUCCCCGUCUCGCCACCUUGAAGCGUCUGGACUUUGAGGGGAAGGAGAAGCCAGCCGCCCGGGUUAACCCCUUAACCCAGGGACCAGAGCAAGUUUGGGGGAGCUGCCGUAACCAAGACAGGGACCCGCUGUCCAGCGGUAGAGGGCGGGGGCAUCACCCAGCUGGAUGCCCGCAGGAAGGGGGCUGUGUGCACCCGAGCAGUGACCUCCAGGAUGAGACGUGGGCCCCUGGCCAGCACUGCGGCCUGCGGGUGACCCCCAGGUGACUGCCAGGCUGCAGCCGCCCCCGCUCUCCUUCAGAGCGGCCCUUGGCCUCCCCGCGACCACAUGUGCCUCCACAGCGGCCCCUGUUGGCCGGAUCCUGGCUCCAAAACUUGUUCUUGCGUCAUUCCCACCAUUGAGUGAGCUCAGGCCAUGCGCCCAGGCCCUGACUAUCCUCUAUAGGGUAAAUAUAAGGACUCCUGGGACACUGAAGCUGUGUGAUGACCUCCUUGCCCAGUUCACAGACGCUGAAUCUGCAGAGCUAGGUCUCCUGUCUUCCCAGGCCUGCACCUGCACCCCACACCGUGCUCAGCACUGGGCAUCCAAGCCCUCCAAAUCCUCUUCCCCAUUCCCCAUCGUCUUCACCCCCAGCCUGGGGCAUUUAUCAGCGAUGCUGGUCUGUGAUUGAGGGUCUCCACCCCUGGGCAGGAGAGAAGCCAACCACCGCGGGGGUGCUUUCUCUACGCUUGAACAUCUACAGCUGCUUCCGGGGGGCUGGCAGCCGGCCCCGGGGAGAGGCGAGCCAUGGACCCCCCACAGCCUCAGCAUUCGGUGACCUCACUUUAGGACAGUGUCAUUUACAGCUUCCGCCAGGGCAAAGGAGCUGAGCAGCCAUCCCGAGCCCGGCCCACCUCCCUCCCCCGGCCCCUGGUGGACAUGGACUAGCAGCUGUGAGCGGCCAGAGCUGAUGCCCGGCCCCCAGGGGGGCGGCGGCGCCCCCACCAUGAGCCUGGGCAAGCUCUCGCCUGUGGUCUGGGGGUCCAGUUCACAGGGAAAGAGGCGGCUGACUGCAGACAUGAUCAGCCCCCCGCUCGGGGACUUCCGCCACACCAUGCAUGUGGGCCGUGGUGGGGACGUCUUCGGGGACACCUCCUUCCUCAGCAACCACGGUGGCAGCUCCAGGGGCACCCAUCGCUCACCCCGCAACUUCCUGGCCAAGAAGCUGCAGCUGGUGCGGAGGGUGGGGGCGCCGCCCCGGAGGAUGGCGUCUCCCCCUGCACCCUCCCCGGCUCCACCGGCCAUCUCCCCCAUCAUCAAGAAUGCCAUCUCCCUGCCCCAGCUCAACCAGGCCGCCUACGACAGCCUCGUGGUUGGCAAGCUCAGUUUCGACGGCAGCCCCAGCAGCUCCACGGACGGCCACUCCAGCUACGGCCUGGACUCUGGGUUCUGCACCAUCUCCCGCCUGCCCCGCUCGGAAAAGCCGCAUGACCGAGACCGGGAUGGUUCCUUCCCCUCUGAGCCCGGGCUUCGCCGCUCAGACUCUCUCUUGUCCUUCCGCCUGGACCUCGACCUUGGGCCCUCACUCCUCAGCGAGCUGCUAGGGGUCAUGAGCCUCCCGGAAGCCCCUGCAGCUGAGACUCCAGCCCCUGCUGCAAACCCCCCGGGUCCUGCCGCAAACCCCCCGGCCCCUGCCACAACCCACCCGGGUCCUGCUGCAAACCCCCCAGCCCCUGCCACAAGCUCCACACCCCAUGGACACUGUCCCAAUGGGGUAACAGCUCGGUUGGGCCCAGUGGCUGAGGUGAAGGCCAGCCCAGUGGGAGGGGGUCCACGAGGACCUGCUGGCCCUGCCCUCGACAGGCACUGGGGAGCAGGCUGGGGUGGUGGCCGCCACUACCCGGAGAUGGAUGCGCGGCAGGAGCGGGUGGAGGUGCUGCCCCAAGCCCGGGCCUCCUGGGAAAGCCUGGAUGAAGAGUGGAGGGCACCCCAGGCACACAGCAGGACCCCGGUGCCCAGCACGGUGCAAGCAAACACCUUUGAAUUUGCGGAUGCUGAGGAGGAUGAUGAGGUCAAGGUGUGAGGGGCUGGGACAUGGUCCCGGGGCCCCACCUAGGUGCAGAGCCGGCCCCUCACCUAACAGCUGGUUCCUACCAGACCAGAGAGGGGAGAAGCCGAGUUGCCCCUAAACCCCUCUCCACCUCUGCAGGACAGACAUGGGAGGGAAGACAGGGAAGGCCAGGAUUGCUCUGGGACUUGGAUGCUCCCAGAGGCCCUGCCAAGCUGACCACCUCCUCCCACUGCCACUCUGGACCUAAUAGCUCUUCCUUAGGCCCCACUCCACGCCACCCCCACCAGCUGGAGGGCCCAGCCUCACAGUGUGGCCUUUGUGCCAGACUAAGCUGCCUGUGGGGGGUAGGGGGCAGGGAGUGUACCACACAGGGCCAUUGUCCCACCUCCCAAAGGAACCGCCUGCCCCCAGCUCAUCCCAGAGCGUCCCCGCUGUAACCCUGACAGCCCUCUCCCAGGCCGCUUCCGCAACAUCCCCGCCCCAGCCUCCCUCUUACCCCAGAAAGGUCAGGUAUGACCUCCCGGGGAGGAAUCCCACCCGCCUGUAUACCCCAGACUUGCCUCUGGGGCCUGAUUAAAUAAGGCUGUUUUGAUAAAA